AUGGCAGAGGAUAUUGCUCUCGAAAGCAUCGCUGACUUUGUAGUCAGAGCACAGAAAGAGGGGGCUCCGCAAGAUGCCAUCGAGGCUAGUACAAAUGUUCUACUCGACUCACUCGCCUGCAUUUACGCCGGUAUGGAUUCACCAGGGCCGCGUGCGGCCGCCGCCAUCCCCCAACUAGCGCGAAGCCCGCGAGACGAGGGUACCGUGGUGGGAAGCACCCAGAAAGUGACACUGGAGACAGCAGCCUUCUGGAACUCAUCUAUGAUCCGUUAUGCCGACUGUAACGAUUCGAUGACGGCUGGCCAUCCGAGCGACAUGUUGGGACCGCUCAUUGCUGUCGCUGGUGCGCGCGAGCUCAGCGGUCGUACACUACUCAUCAGCCUUGCAGUCGCCUACGAAGUCUUUCACCUUCUCAUGCUGCGCCACAGGACCUAUCAUAAGCACAAAGGGGCACUGGUCGAUAACCUUUCCGUGGACCAGGGCUUUUUCGUGGCUACAGGGGUAGCUGCAGCACUUGCACACAUGCUGGAUUAUAGCCACCAACAAACUAAGACGGCAGUAUCGCUCGCUGCCUGCCAUGGCCUGCCUCUGCGCGCGCAGCGAGCCGGGGAACUGUCUCACUACAAAGGGGUGGCUACAGCAGUCAGUGCACGUGCUGCCGUCUUUUCCUGUCAGUUGGCAGAAGCAGGUCUAACGGCCCCACCACAUCCAUUCGAGGGUCGUCACGGGUAUAUUGAGAUCAUGGAGGGCAAAGCUGGACCAAUGAACCUUGAGCCGUUUGGUACUUGGGCCAUCAAAGGUACGAUUUUGAAGUUCUUCCCGUCCACCGCGAGCACCCAGAUCGGUAUCUGGUGUGCAAAAGAGCUGCGCGAGAAGAUCGACGUAUCCCAAAUCAAGGAUGUCUUGCUUCACGCGUCUCACUUUUCCUGGCACGAAUCCGGCAGUGAGCCCGCAAAGUGGAACCCCAAGACUCACGAGACUGCUGACCACAGUCUUCCCUACACAUUCACCAUGGGGCUUCUGGAUGGAAACGUGAACCUGGACUCAUACAGCGAUGCGACGCUGGCGAGCGAUCGAUGGCGACCCCUGAUCAGUAAGAUCAGAGUUCAGGCGGACGAUAAAAUCGAAUCAGAAUGGCCUGAUAUCUUCUCAAUACGCGCGCUUGCCACUUUGAAGGACGGCACAACACACGAAGUCUACGCCCGUGAUCCCAAAGGCCACCCCAACAACCCCAUGAACCGCGAAGAUAUCUGCGCCAAGUUUCACAACUUUGCUGGUCCGAUCCUGGGGACCAAGACCGAUGACAUGUUCCACUACGGCGGCUACGAUUGGCGACAGCGACAACUGCAAGACGUUUUUCGCGAACUUCGCGGGAUAGUCACAGCCUAG